AUGAUGAUGAAAAUAAAUAAAUUAUUUGAUCUUAAUGUAAAUAGUUUUACAAAAGAUUUAAAUAUAUUUCAUAAAAAUAAUAAAAUCAAUGAAAAUAUAGGACAAAUAGAUAAUAUCAAAUAUAAAGAUGGGUCAUCAAAGAGAUUAAUAACAAAAUGGAAAAAUACAUUUACUAUAACUAUAGAAAAAUAUAUAUUUAUAUGUUGUCAAAAUGAGAAAGACUCUUGGACCUUUCUCAAAUAUAUCAGUCCUAACAAAAUCGACAAAGCAUUGUGCAUAUCCGAUUUUAAUCUUUUAUUAAUCCAAAAAAGUAAUCAAUUAUUUAUACAUCAAUUUGAUAAGGAUUAUUCCAAUCAAAGCAUAAUAGAUAUAAAAAUAUUAACAAGACAACAUAUAGACAUCUCAGUACUUUUCUUUUUUUCUUAUAAUGAUUUUAUUUAUAUUAUUGAUAAAACUGGAAUAUUAUGGCAAUUGGACCCAGCCAAUAGCACCAAUAAUAAUCUAAUACCAAAAGAAAUAAAAAAAUUCGACCUAAAAAAAAGUGUAGACAUAUAUUUCAAAAUAGAAAAAGAACAUUUUUUAGUUAUAUCAUAUUUUGAUGAUAAAAUACAAGGACUGCUUCAUAUAAUUAUACACAAUUUACAACAUGAUGAAUGUGAAUAUAUAGAAAAGAAUAUAUGUGAAUAUAUUAUAAAGAAUGAAAUAAAAAAAAGUAUACAAUGUAUUACUUUAAAUAAAGAUUAUAUAGUUGUUUUAUUUAAGACCAAUGAUAUUAUUAUAUUAGAAAAUCUUCAUAUAAACAAUAAUUAUGAAGUUUUUAAAUAUCUUAAUGCAAAUCAAAGUGAGAAAUUAAAAUAUUUUAAUAAAAAAUCUUUAAGAGAGAUAGAAUAUUAUUUAUCUAGUUAUGAAGAUAUAAAUAAUGAAGAAUACAAAGAUGAUGAUAACAACAAAAUUUAUCAUAAUAAUAAUAUGACUACAAAUGAAAUAUGUUAUGUAUAUAUAAAUGAAUAUAAUCAUAUAUUUUUAAUUUAUAGUGAUCCGUUUUUAUAUGAACCUGAGUAUAACAAAAAUAGAUAUACCUCUUUUGUUUCUAAUUCAUUUAACAUGUUAUACUCUUAUUAUAAUAAAAUUGAAGAUAUUUACAUGUCCAAGUUUCAUAGUCACGACAAGUUAAAUAAUAAUUCUUUAUUAUAUGAUAUCAAUGAAAAUAUUUUAAAGAAAAGUAACUUACAUAUGUGUAUCAUCAAUAUUGUAAAUGAAAAAAUUAAGGAUUAUAAUAUAAAUUAUUCUGAUGAAAUAUAUAAUAUAUACAAUGAAACUAUCAAUGUAUUAAUUGAUCAUCUUUAUAAAAUUGAAAAUGACAAAAAAAAAAAACAAUUUUAUGAUAUGCAAAAUAAUUAUCAAAAUGAUAUAUCUUCCAAUUUAUUAUACCUACAAAAAUAUUUAGAUGUAUAUAAAAUUAAUGAAAACAAAAAAAAUAUAUUUCAUAAUGAAUUAAAUGAUGAUGACUGUGAAAAAAGUUUAUUGAAUAUAGAUUUUUUCAAAAUGGAUAUAACCAAAAAUAAUAAAAAGAAAAUGUCUAACAACACAAAUCUAUACAACAAUAUAUUAUUAUGUUUUAUAGAUAAAUAUUAUUUAAUUUUAAGAAAUAAUCAAGAUCAAUUUGAUAUUGUCUUAUAUGAAAUUUAUUUUUUAAAUAAUAUAGAAAUACUUGUAUAUCAAUUUUUUAAUAAUUAUUAUGAUGCAUUAAUAUUAUCUGAAACAUAUAAAUGUAAAUAUGUUCAUCAAUUAUUUACAUAUUCAAUAUAUGAUUAUGUGGGUCGAUAUUGUGGUUCAUCUUUAGCAGACUAUGAGUGCUUGUUCAAAAUAGAAGACCUAUUCCAGUUUCUUCAUCGAGCAAUCACCUAUGAUCCUUUUCUUUUCAAAGAUGAUGAAGAUGAUGAAACAGUAAAACGCAUGACUAACAUGUUAGAGAAUAGCGAUUCAAAAAUCCAAUGUAGUUUUUUUGAAACCAAUUUAAAUAUGGAGGAAGAAAAUAAAAAUUAUCAUAAUUUCGUUUAUGUCUUAAAUGAAAAAGAUAAUGCUUCAUGCGAAUAUAUAAAUAAUUAUUAUUGUAUAAAAAAAAUAAAUUUUGAUAAAGAAAUAAGUAAAAAUAUAGAUAUAAAUAUACAAUUACAUAAACUAAAAAAUGUCUUAUACUCAUCUUUACAAUUAAUUGAUUAUUUAUUAGAAAAUGAAAAACAUUAUGACAAAUAUUUUUUCAGUGACCAUUUUGAUCAAAAUGAUAUAGAAGAAAAUUUUUUAAGUGCACUUAUUAAAAAUAAAACGAAAAAAAAAAAAACAGAUAACAAAAGGUUAUAUAAAACAAAUAUAUUCACAGAAAGAAAAGAGUGCAAUAAUAAUGAACAGAUACAAUAUGAUAAUAUAAUAUCUGCAAACAAUUCAUAUGAUAAUGAUAAUACAUUUUAUAAUACCACAAUGAAUAAGAACCAAGAAAAUUAUAAUAACUUUGAAGAUGACAAUAAUGACAACAAUGACAAUAAUAACAUUAAUGAUGAUAUAAAUAAAUUGUGGGGUAUUUCAAUAGAUGAUAUGAACAUCAAUUUAAGUGCUUCAUCUUUUAAUUCAACAAGCGAUGUAAUACUAAAUGAAGAAAUGAGUAGAGAAGAAGAUACUAAUUUUUUUUUCUUCUCAUAUGACAUACAAAAAUAUAAAUAUUAUUUAAAUUCAAUGAAACAAAAUGAACAAGUCAAAAUUAAAUUAUUAAUGUAUAAAAAUGAAAUAAUAAAACAAAUUUAUAAAUUUAAAUUAUAUAAUUAUAUUAUGAAAUUGAUACAUAAGGAAAGAAUAAAUAAUUCGGGCAUAUAUUAUAAUAAGGAAUCUUUAAAAUGUAGAUCUAUAGAUACUUCAAGAGGGAAGAAUAGUAUAAAUAAAAUAUCUGAUAUUUUUAAUAUUUUUAAAAAAAAUAUAAACCAUACAAUAAAUUCAUGUGAUGAACAUAGUAAUAAUGAUGAUUAUAAUGAUGGUCAUAAUGAUGGUAAUGAUAAAUAUGGUGAUGAUAAUCAUGGUGAUAAUGAAUAUGACGAUUAUAAAGAUGACGAUAGUAAUGAUAACAUUUAUAAUAAAUGUAUUAAAAGUAUUGAUGAUACAAAUAUAUUCAUUAUAAGCUGGACUAAAUUUAAAUAUGCCUACACACCUAUAGAUAUAAUAAAAUAUUUCUUAAUUAAUAAAAAUUAUGUACUAAUAAAAAUAUUUUAUAAAUAUUUUAAUUAUUUUAUUAAAAAAAAUUGGAAAACCAUCUUUUAUUAUAUUCCAUUGAAUGAAAGAAUAGAAAAUUAUUUUUUUCUCUUACCAUUAAUAAAUAGAAAUAUUAAUAAUGAGAAAGAUCAUAAGAUACAGACUCAUGAUAAUAAUGAUAACAACUAUCAUAACGACAAUUUGAAAUCUAACAAUUAUUAUGUAGAGGAACAGAUAAUUCGUUGUGAUGAUAAAAUAUACAGCGAGCAAUAUAAUUCAUUUAACAUAGUAGAAAAAAAAAUGGAUAAUAAGACAAAUACAUAUAAAAGUAGUAGUAAUAAUAAUAACACUUUUGAAGCAUUAAACACAAGAAUAAAUGAAAAUCUUAUGUCUUUCUUUUCAUAUGAAAAUAAAAACAAAAACUCGUACGAAUUAUUUGAUAUUGAAUGUGAUGAAAAUAUGUUUGUUGAAUUCUUUCUAAACAGAUGUAUAAACAUAAUAAAAAAAACACACUUAAUUAAAAGUAGAUUACUAGAAUUUGUUUAUAUAUGUCUAAAACAUUUAAAUGGAGAUAACAUAUAUGAAAUAUUUCUCUAUGAUACUAUUAUGAAUAAAUACCAAUACAACGAACAAUAUUUUUUGCUCAACGGAUGUAAUAAUAAUAGUAAUAGUAAUAAUAAUAAUAAUAAUAAUAAUAAUAAUAAAUAUAGUAACAAUAAUGAUAGUGAUAUAAUAAAAAAUAUAAAUUCAUCUGGAAGACACAAUCAGGAGAAGAACCUUAUUGACAAUAUGAAAAAUAAUAAUUAUUAUUAUAAUAAUAAUAAUUGUUCUUAUUAUAACAAUAUAAAUGACCAAUAUAAUAAUACACUUGGAAUAAUUGAACCAAUAAAUAUUACCGAUAUAUCUUUUAUUAAGAAUUGUUUAAGGAUAGAUUUAAAAAAAGAUAAUAUUAAAAAUAAAAAUAUCAUCCUUAUAUAUAGCUUAUUCAUUUUAAUAAAAAUGUAUCUUAUAUGUAAAGAAAAUAAUAGGAAUAUAAAAUUUGAAGAAUUCAUACAAAUGAAUAUAUAUAAUAAGAUGUGUCUUAUAUUAGAUUUCGAUAUAAAAUAUUUAUCCUAUGAAGAUGAUCAAAAAAAUUAUAUUAAAUAUUUUUAUGAUAAAUUAAUAGAUUUGCUACAAGAAUAUAAAUAUAUAGAUGAGCAUAUAAAAUAUACCAGUUGUUAUGUAACAUUUGACAAAGAUAUAAUUUAUUUAAAUUAUAAAAAAUCAAAUAAUUUUUUAGAUUCAUUAUAUAUUAAUAUAUUAUAUACAUCCAAACAGUUAUUUAUAAUAUUCACUUUAAAAACGUUAAGCAGUUUACAAGGUAUUAAAAAAGAUUCUAUAAAAAAAAAAAAAAAAAAAAAGACAAAUAAAAUAAACAGAUAUAUGAACAACAACAAUAAUAAUAAUAAUAAUAGUAAUAUUAAAAAAAAAAAAACAACAGAAAUAGACAAAAUAUUAAUCUUUUUAAAAUAUAUAUAUUAUGCUUAUAAUAAUAAAAUUAUAUUUAACGAACAUUAUGAAUAUGUAUUUUUCUUUUUAAUAAUUUUUUAUAAAUAUAUGGAAAUCAAUUUGAUACAUUUCAUAUCUAUCUUUAAUGAUUUCUAUAAUCUAUUCCCAAGAAAAAUAUAUAUGACAAAUAAACAAUAUGAUAUGAUAGAUGAUAAUAUGAAUAAAUAUUUUAAAGAUUAUGUUCUACAACAUACCUUUAAACUAGAAGAUCUUUUUAAAGAAUACCAAGAUAUUAAUAUAAAAAAUUAUAAUAAAAUAAUAAUAUUUGAUAAAUAUAUUGAUUAUAUUAUAAAUUAUUAUAACAAUAAUAUUAUCACAAGUAGUAUAUACAAAGAUGAUUUGAAUAACAACAAUAAAAAAAAAAAAGAAGAAGAAGAAGAAGCAUAUUAUAUUAAUAAGAAUAAAUGUGACAAGUCUGAUGUAGAAAGGAAAGAAGAGUAUGAUAAUAAUCAUAGGAAUAUAUCAUUAUGUGGUGAAGAAAUUGAAAAAUAUUUAGAUUUUUUUGAAAAACAUUUAAAUUCCUUAGAACUUAUUAAAUAUUUUAAAAAAGAUAUUAUAAAUCGGAAUGAUGAAGAAUUAUUAAAUAUUAAUAUAGAUAUGAUUUUGAGUUCAAAUUAUAAUAAGAAAAAAAGUAUAUUAUAUAUGUUUAAAAUAUAUAAAAUAAUUAUUUUAUAUACUCAUCAUUAUAAAGAUAAUAAUUUUACUAAAAAUUGUAUACAAUUAUAUUAUAAUUUAUUUUAUUCAGUACAUCAUGAUAUAUCUUUAUUUUUUUUUAUAUUUUUUUAUAUUCUAUUAUUUUAUUCAAAUGAUUACAAUUAUCUUUAUUUAUUUAUGAAAUAUUAUUAUAAGGAAUAUAUACAACAAAUACAAAAUGUAACAAAAGAAAAACCAUAUUAUUAUAAGGAUAUGAUAAAUUAUUUAAUAAUAAAUAAAGUUAAUAAUAUUACAAUAUAUGAUAAUGAUUUUAUUCACUUUUAUGAUUUUAUAAAAAAAAUAUAUAAAACAGAUUCGGAAUCAUUUACGCUUUUUAUCAAGACAGAUGAUGAAAAUAAAAAACUUGUAACAAAUCUGAGGAUUUUAUAUUAUAUACAAAAUAUGAUGAAUAAUAAAAAAUGUUUAUUAUAUGUAAUGUCACCUUUAAAUUAUUAUAAUAAUAAAUCUAAUGAUAUUAUAUCUAAAGGUAAGAAUAGAGAAUUACCAUACUACUCAUCUAAUGAAGACCUUAUAUAUAAAUCCUUCUCAAAAUUAAUCACAAAAGGAUAUGAUAAGAAUCAUAAAAAUGAUGAAAAUAAUAAUAUUUAUAGAAAAAAAAAAAUAAUACUUAAUAAUAAUAAUAAUAAUAAUAUAAUUAGUAAUGAGAACAAUAAAUCCAAUCAAAAUAAUAUAAAGAAUAAAUUAUUAUCGACACAAAAAAUGUGGACACAUUUUUUUAAAGAAAUGUAUUAUGAUACAUAUAUAAAAAUAAAAAAUGAAAGAAACAAAUUCUGUAUUUUUAAAAAUAUUAUAGAAAAUGAUUUAAACAAAAUAACAAAUUAUAAAAAAGUUCUACAACUCAUAAAAUUGUUACAUAUAAAUAAUGAUGAAUUAAUAUAUUGUAUUAUUUAUCUUAUAUAUAUUAUACAAAUAUAUAUAAAAAAAAAAAAAAAAAAAAAGGAAACAUUAACAAGUCACUUAUCAUUUUAUUUAAUACUUUUAAUAAUCUUAUAUCCAGAAGAAAAAUUAAAAAAUAAUUAUAAGCAUUUCUUACAACAAACAAUUUUAUUUUAUAUUAACCAUUCAACAAAAAGUAUAAAUUAUAUUUAUAAUUUUGUUAUCUUUAUAUAUUCUUAUUUCUCAUUAAAUUACAACCUUUCUAUUAAUACCUUGUAUAAAUUAUUUUUAAAAAAAAAAAAAAAAAAAAAAAUUCAAAACAAUAAAUAUGAACACAAUCAAAAUUGUACUUACAUCCCAUUGGUCAGUUUAAAUCAAUUCUUAGGAAACAAAAUAAGUAUGAAAAAAAAUAAAAUAUGUAUAGAUAAUUCUGAAAAUAGAAAGUUUAUAAAUAGUGCAAACACAAAUGAAAUAAAAGAUAUGUUUAAUAAAAUAAAUACUGAAAAUAAUAAAAGUGUCUAUAUGUAUAAUUUUUUAAAUAAAAACACAGACAAGGGAAAUAUAAAAAAUGGAAAUCAUCAAAAUGGAAAUUUUUAUUAUAAACAUGAUAAUAAUAAUAAUAAUAAUAAUAAUAAUAAUAAUAAUAAUUGUGAUGAUGUUAAUUGUUAUCGAUAUAUUGAUGAACAGAAGAAAGAACAAGUGCAUAACGACACAAACAUAUUAUUAAACACAAAUAAUAAUAAAAAUAAAAAUGAUUCUUCUAUUGAACAAGCAGAUUAUGAACAAUAUAUUUAUUCAAACCAUAUUAGUAAUAAUAAUUUACUAUCAUAUCAAAAUUUUUAUUAUGAUGAUGAUCAUCAAAAUUAUCCCUUUGAAAAAAUCAAUGAAUCGGAUGUUGUAGAAACGUGUUAUGAAACAGAUAUUAUAUCAAACCAUUCCUCUAUUGAACUUAAUAACGAGACAAAUAUAAAUAUAGAACACAAUUCAUUUAGUGAUCAAGAUAUCGAACAUAUUAUUAACAGUCUUAACGAACAAAAAAAUUAUACAACAUCAUCACUAGGAAGUAGCUCUAGUGAUAUGGAUAUCAUGAAAACAACAAAUUAUAAUAUAAAAGCAAAAAAUAAAUACAUAAAUAAUAAUAUUAAUCAUUAUUAUAAUAUGUAUGAUGAUAUUGUUUCUUCCAGUGAUGAUGAAAAUAUAAAACAUAAAAUAUUAGAAAAAAAUAAUAAAUCAUUUUUCAAAAAAUUUAUCAACCAUUUAAAUAUGUCUAAUAUUAAUAAUAAAACGAUCUACCACAAUAAUAAUAAUAAUAAUAAUGCUCUAAUAGUUUUCAUACAAAAUGUUCAAAAUAAAAUAAAUAAAUAUAAUAUAUCUAAAUGGAAUAUAGAAUAUAUUUUAAAAGUAAUUAAAAAAAUCGAACGAUUUUUUAUUGCAAUUGAACUAGAUCCAAACAUAACAAAUGAUCAUUUUAAUAUGUACUAUUUUGAUAUAAAUGAAGAAAAAAAAAAAAAAAAAAAAUAUAUUAUACAAAGUGAUGAUGAAAAAAAUGGAAAUGAUAAAAACAAUCAAGAAAAUAUAAUAUAUAAUGAAAAUAAUAAAAAAAUGAUCAAUAAAAAAUAUGUCACAAGUAAUCAAAUGAAGCAAUAUUUAUACACCUCCUUAUUUUCAAACGAUAAUUAUUUUACUCUUGUUCAUUUAUUAAAUAUAAAAGACUAUUAUACUAUUUCUCUAUAUAUAAAAAAAGUAAUACUUAAUAAUUCCUUGACUCUUAAAAAAAAAAUUCAUAUCUUUAAUAUUAUCUUAUGGACCAUAUAUAAUUUUAUAAAUAAAAAUAAAAAUAUUAUGAUGGAAAGCAAAAAAGACAAUAAUGAGCAUCAUAUGAAUAAAAUCAUAUAUGAAGAUAAAAAUAUGCAAACAAAUCAUUACAACAACGAUCUCAAUAAUAAUAAUAAUAAUAAUAUGAACAAUGUGUAUAAUUCCACUUUGAAAAAUAUCAUAUGCAUCCUAGUCAUUAUAAGAUAUCUUAUAUGGAACCUAUAUAAAAAUCAUAUUCAUAAAAUAGAUAUGAAGAAACUUUUUUUUGAAGAUAACUAUAAAAAAAGUGUUGUAGAAAAGUUAGAAAAAAAAAAGUGUCAAGAAAUCUUACAAAUUCUAAUAAAAAUUGUAGACAUAUCAAAAAUGUAUUUAUCCCACAUGAACUAUGAAUUUAUAAGAAAAGAUAAUUUUAUCAUUUAUAAAAUAAAUAUCAUCCAACAAACAAGUCAUAUCGAGAAAGAACAAGAUCAUAUCACAAAUAAAGAUUUUAAAUAUAAAGAAAAUGUUCCACAUAAAAAUUUUAAUAUAGAAAACAAACAAGAACAAUACUUAUUUGAAAUCCAAACAGAAAAAGAAAUGUUACGUCAUUUUCUUAGCAACGAAAAAAAUAAUUUAUUACUCUAUAUAUUAAGAAAUAUACAUAGUUUAUAUUAUGAUAUAAAUUGUGUAUAUAAAAUAUUAUAUUAUAUGUAUGAAAUAUGUUUGUAUUAUUUAUGUUCUUCUAUAUAUUUUAUUAAAUUGACUUAUUAUAAUUUUAAUCUUGGCACAUUCUUUUCAUCUAUCUAUAAAACCAUAAAAAAAAUGACACAUGAUCAAAUAAUAUCUAAAUUAAUCGAAUUGAGAUGUAUAUGUGUAUAUUUAAAUGGUUAUGUACAUGCGAAGAAUAAUAAAUCCAAGUUAUUACACUAUGAUGAAACAAAUAAAUAUCAUAAUAAUGAUAUACAAACAAAUAUAAGUGAUGAACAAAUGAACACACAAAAUUAUGAACAUGCACAGAAUAGUUGUAUAGAUAAAAAUAUAGACAACCACAAUUAUUCAUAUCAUAUUCCAUUAAACAAUAAAAGUAUAUGUACAGAUAACUUAUUUAAUAACCCUUUAAUGAUUUUAUAUGAUAAGAAAAUUUUCAAUCAGUUCAAUUUUUAUAUAAAUGAAAUAGAAUCUACAGAUAUUACAUUCUAUGAUAAAUGUAACGAAUUCUUAAAUAUAUAUAAAGAAAUAAAAGAAAGUGAAACAUGUCAAAUAGAAAAAAAAAAUAUAAAUAAUAAUAAUAAUAAUAUUAAUAUAUACCAUAUGGAUAGGAAAAAUAUAUAUUCAUAUUGUAAGAAUAUAUUAAAAGACUUCAAUAUAAUGCCAUAUAUUUAUGAUCUUACAUUUAUUUUAAAUAAACUCAAUAUUCGUUUGCAUCCUUUUUUUUAUAUAUAUGAUAAGGAUUAUGAAAGUGUUAAAAAUAUAUUUGAUCCAACAGAAGAUAAUUAUUUAAAAUAUGCUUUACUUGUUGAAUUAAAAAAAAAAAAUGAUAUCAUGUUAUUAUAUGAAACUAUUACAGAUAUAAAGAAUAAUGUAUAUAUAUAUUUCUAUUCAAACCAUUUCUUAUGUGAAUUAUUUAUAAAUUUUUAUGUCUAUCAUUUAUUUUUGAAGUUACAACAUUUACAAAAUGAAAUGGGUGAUAUUUUUAAAGAUCUACUUGAUAAGUCUUAUAAUGAUAUAAAGCUUCAAAUGGAUAUAUAUUUUAAUAAAUUGUGUGGUGAUUUAUUAGACAUAAAAAGAAAAGACAAAAAAGAAAUUAAUAUCUUUUUUAAUUUUUAUAGGUUUAUGGAUAAAUUUAAUACAUAUCAUUCGACAAAAUAUCAGAAAUUAAUUAUAGAUAAUAUAUAUCGAGUAGAUAUUUUAAUUUUUUUCUUAUUAUUCAUUCAAAAUAAUAAGACAGAAAAUAAAAUAUCUUUUGACAAAAAGAGAGUAUUUCAAUAUAUUAUAGUAAAAAUAAUUUUGCUAUUAUUUUUUUAUUUUAAUAAUACAUGUCAUACAUAUUUAUCCUUACAUGAUAUUUUAUAUUUUCUUAGUUCAUUCAAUGAACAUGAAGAUAGUAGUGCCUCUUCAUUAUUUCACAUCUUAUGUGAUAAAAAGGGUAAAGAACAAAAUCACAAUGGUGAUGAAAAAAAUAUAUAUUAUAAUUCUUCUAUUGAUCAUGAUGCUGUGAAUCAUAAAGAAGGUUUGAAAGAUAUAUAUAACAAUAAUAAAACGUAUGAAGACAAAAUGAAUAUUAUGGAUAGCUAUGAUGCCUUUAUGUUAGAUGAGGAUAUAUUUAUUGAUAAAAGUUUAGAAAUAGAUGAAGAUAAUAACCACUACAACAACAAUAAAAACAACAAUGAUAUAAUGCUGAAGAAUAAAAAUAUAAAUGCAGUACAUAUAAAUGAAAAAAAUUAUAAUGAUAUUAAGAAUAAUCAUUCUUCUGAAUUUUCUGACUUUUCUGAAUUUUCUAAAUUUUCUCAAUUUUUUAUGAAUAAAAAUUUAGAUCAUUAUACAUCUAAAUAUACAAAUAACCAUAUUAAUGAUUUAUCUUACGAUUUCAAUGUUGAUAAUAAAAUAAAUAAAAAAUCAUAUGAAGAAAAAUUUAACCAUACGCAAUGCUCAAAAAUAAUUAAAUUUUGUCUACAUUACCUAAGUAUCAAAAAGAUAAUAAAAUUAUUAAUUACAAAAGAAUUAAAAAGUAUUGUGUUUUUAAAAUUAUCAAAAAAUAGUAAUGUGUUAAGUAUAUAUGAAAAAUCAAAACAUAUGUAUACCUAUUUAAAACGAUUGAAUGGACAUAAUUUUUUUUUAUCUCUUAAAAUAUUAAAUAGAUUAUUAUUAAAAAAUAGGAAAAUGAAUCAAAUGAAUUAUAUCAUAUAUCACUUUUUUAUAACUCUACAUGUAGUACAUUAUGUAAAAAAUAACAUGACCCUCCAAAAUAAAAAAAGCAAUAAUGAAAAAAAACAAAAAGAUGAAAUGGUCACAAAUAAAAAUAUAUCAUGCGAAAAUACUUGUGAUGAUUAUUAUCAUUUUGAAUUUUUAAACAAAAAAAUUAGUACAAAUAAAAGUGGUAUGCCUAAAAAUGAAGAAAAGGAAAUUAAUAAUACUAAUGAUUUUGUGGAUACUAAAAAGAAUGACCUAUAUAAUGUAGACCACUUAAUUGAAGGCAAAUUAUAUUUGAUUAAAAUAUUGAUAACUUUAUUAUUUAUUAAUUUGAACAAUAUAUUCUUACCAUCAAUAAAUAAGUUAUAUUUUAUAAAAAAGAAAACAUAUAUUAUUAUAAAUAAAGAAAAAAAUAACAAGAAAGAUAUAAAAUUAAAAUUUGAUGAUAUAUCACAGUUUAUAUCUUCUCUUUUAAAUUUUAUGCAAGUAACAUAUAUAAAGGGAUAUGAAUUUAUAUAUAUAAAUUUAUUAUUAUUAUUAGAAUAUUGUAUUGAAUUGUUAUUAAGUAGUUGGGAUAGUGUAAAGCCUUCAAAUAUUUCCUACAUAUUGCUUCUUAAAAAAACACAACAAAUUAUAGCACAAUAUAAUAAUAAUACUAACAAUGAUGAUGAUAAUAAUAAUAAUAAUAAUAAUAAUAAUAAUAGUAAUAAUAGUAAUAAUAGUAGUAGUUGUCUCCAUUAUUAUCAUAAACGCUGUGUCUUAUCCUUUAUUAAUAAAGAAGAGUAUGGAAGAUUAAAAAAAACUCUCAGCAAUAUGUAUCUUAAAAUAUUAAGACAUUGUAACAACUCCAUUCUUAUAACAUGCAAAAUGAUUAUAGGUAAUAGACUUCUUAUAGAUGAUGAAUUAUAUUUAUUUAAAAUAAAAAAAUGUGAUAUUUUAUAUUUCUUUACUUGUAAUUAUUCCUUGAUAAAAUCUAAUAAAGAAAAUAUGUUAUUACAUAAUAGUGCACAUAAAAGACAUAAAGACAAGAACGUUAAAGAUAUCAAAAAGGAAACAAAUGAUAUUACUAUUUUUACAUCAGCAGAAAUUAAUUCAUUUAUUAAAACGUUAUUAAUUAUAAUAAAUUAUGACAUUAAUAAAUUUAAAGAUACAGAAUAUCAUAAAACUAUUGAACAAGUUAUUAAAGAUAAUGAUUGGUAUGUCAUAUAUAAUAAUAAUAAUAAUAGUAGUAAUAAUAAUAAUACUUCUUCCUCAUUAACCUCAUCAUCAACAUCAUAUUAUUAUAAUAAUAAGGAUGAAAAUAAAAAUAUAAACUUUUUAUAUAAUAAUACAUUCAGAUCAAACCUUGAUUCUUUUUCAGACAGUGAACCUUCAACCGAAUGCAGCGAUUUAGAAAUUGUAGAUAUAUUGAACGAAUGUAGUAAUAAUAAUAAUAUAAAAAAUGAUGAUAAAAGAGGGAAUGAUAAAAAUGAAGAAAAAUAUAAAGAUAAGCAGAUAUCAUUUCAGAAUCUUUUCAGCCUUAAUGAAUGGAAGCAUAAUAUAAGUGAUAUAGAUGAAAUGUAUAAUGAUAAAAAAUAUAUGGAUGGAAAAGAAGAUUGUAUAAAAAAUAAAAAAGAUAUACAAAAUAAAAAAGAUAUACAAAAUAAAAAAGAUAUACAAAAUAAAAAAGAUAUACAAAAUGGAGAACAUAUACAAAAUAUAAAUAAUACAUAUAACCAAAUAGCAGACAAGGUAAAAAUUUUUAAUAUAGACAAAAUAAAUAAUGAAAAAUAUAUAUCAAAUAAUAAUAGUUCUUAUUAUAAUGAUGAAAAUGAAAAAGAUAGAAAUAUAAAUAAUGAUAAUAUUAUAUUACAAGACGAUAUAAAUAAUAAAGAAAAAGAUAUAAUAAAUAAUGAUAAACAUAUGUAUUAUUCUAAUGAAUAUGAUGAUGAAGAUUAUCAAAUGCAUAUUUCAAAAUCUAAAGAUAUUAUUUUGAAUAAAUAUGGACAAGGAUUUUUAUCAAAUUAUAUAAAUAAAAUAACUAAUCACCAUAUUGAUCAUAAUAAUACUCUUUGUAAUAAUUAUGAUAAUAAAAAUUAUUGUAGAUCCCUCUUUAGACAUAUCCAUAAGAAAUCACAAAUGAUAAAUAUAUUAAAAUAUGUUAAGAAUAUUUUAAAAUAUUGGAAUAUAUAUAAUUUAAUUAAUGAUAAAGAUAUAGAAGAAUAUUUGUUAAUAUUAUUUUUUGCUAAUCAUUUUAAUUUUUUCCAAAAUAUGAUAAGAUAUAAAAUUAUAUUAAAAUUAUUUAUUAAUAAUAAUUUACAAAAAGCAGAUGAAUUAUUAGGAAAUAAAAGUAUGGUUUGGAAUUGGUAUAGAAAUAGUGGAAAGAUUAAAAGUAAUAUUGAAGAAUAUUUAAUGAAAGAUAUUUCUUGUAAACUUUUUUUUACUAAUAAUAGACAAGAUAAACUUUUAAAAAAAUUAAAUAAAUUUCAAUAUAAAAAUAAAUAUGAUGAAAAUAAUUUUUAUUUCAAAAAUUAUUAUCAUAAUAAAUAUAAUCAUAAUUAUAUUUCCACUGUAUUUAUUCAAUAUCUUUAUUUUCUAAAAUAUAAAAAAAAUCAUAAAGAUAAUAAUUCCAAAAAUCAAACAACAAAAGAAUAUGACCAUAUUAUUAUCAAUAAGAAAAAAAAUGAAGAAAAUCUAAAUAAUUCUAUUCAUUCUAUAAAUUUAAAUCAAACUGAUAUAAAUAAUAACAAAUAUGUUAAUCAUCAUAAAUAUUAUAAUCACAGUCAUAUAUCUCAUGACAACACAUAUAUUGAUAAUAAUAAUAAUAAUAAUAAUAUGAAUAAUAUAGAAUCUUAUCAAAUAAAAAAAAAAGAAAAAGAUUAUAUCCCUCAAGAUGAAUAUAAUCAACUACCAUUGUUUUUUUUAAGCUUAUUAGACCUAUAUAAAAAUACCUUCGAUGUUUACGAAUUUUAUUAUCAAUCUGUUAUUUAUAAAUUAUUCAAAAAUAAUAAUGAACAUAAUAUUAAUGAAAUUCAAAAUUAUGUUCAACAUAUGAAUCAAUAUCUAAAAAAUAAAUUACAAUCCUAUGAUCUAUAUAUGAUGUUAUAUUAUUAUCAGUAUUUCACAUUCCAAUCUAUAUGUAAUCCUAACCAAAACUUUUUGAAUAAAAAUGAGCAAAAGUUAAUUAUAUAUAUGUGGGUAAAGCAUACGCAGGCUCUUUUAAAAAAAUACAGGAUGAAGAGUAGCAACUUUCUCAAUGUACAAUAA